AUGAAAUCAGAGACACUCACACUGGUGCUGGUGAAUCUAGCAGGUAUCAUGGAGAGAGCAGAUACAUCACUGCUGCCAGGAGUAUACAAAGAGAUCGGUGCUGCUCUGAACGCUGACCCCACCGCGUUAGGCUCUCUCACUCUCUACCGAUCCCUCGUUCAAUCAUUCUGUUAUCCUCUCGCUGCUUACCUCGCCACACGUCACAACCGUGCUCAUGUUAUUGCUCUCGGUGCUUUUCUUUGGGCUGUUGCUACAUUCUUCGUAGCAAUCUCCUCGACCUUCUUGCAGGUGGCUAUUUCAAGAGGUUUAAAUGGCAUAGGACUCGCCAUUGUUAUUCCAGCAAUUCAGUCUCUAAUUGCAGACUCCACCAUUGAUAGCAACCGCGGUACGGCUUUUGGAUGGCUUCAACUAACAGGAAACAUUGGAAGCAUCAUUGGUAAUCUCUUUGCAGUACUACUAGCUUCAACAUCAUUCUUUGGCAUACCUGGUUGGAGAAUAGCUUUUCAUAUUGUUGCAUUGAUAAUUGUAGCUCAGGGAGUAUUCGGAUCAUUCCGAGGGUCGAGUUUGUCGUUUUUCACUCUUUGGUUAGAACUAAUAGGCUUCUCACAUGGUACAACAGCGAUUAUUUGGACCAUAUUUAUAAUUUCUGCUUCAUUUGGAGGUCUGUUUGGAGGAUGGCUUGGAGACUUUUUGUCUCAACGGUUACCAAACACUGGAAGAAUAAUGUUGGCGCAAAUAAGCGCGGGUUCGACAAUUCCUUUAGCUGCGAUUUUGUUGUUGUUAUUACCAAAUGAUCCAUCCACACCCUUCAUUCAUGGUUUUGUUUUGGUCAUCAUGGGAAUAAUCACAUUCUGGUGUGCAGUUGCAACAAAUGAUCCUAUAUUUGCUGAAAUAGUACCUGAGAAAUCGCGAACGGCUAUAUAUGCUUUGGAUCGAUCUUUUGAGUGUAUAUUGGCGUCUUUUGCUCCGCCUAUUGUUGGAGUUUUGGCUCAGCAUGUUUAUGGUUAUAAACCAGUGCCGAAAGGUUCAUCAGAUUCUGUUGAAGUUGAAACUGAUAGAGAAAAUGCUGCAUCACUUGGUAAGGCACUUUAUAGUACAAUUGCAAUUCCUAUUGCAAUAUGUGUUAUCAUUUAUUCAUUUUUGUAUUCCACAUACCCGAGGGAUAGGGAACGAGCAAGAAUGGUUGCAUUAGUUGAAUCAGAAAUGGAUCAACUAGAGAUGGAACAUCAAACUGGACAAAACUGUUUUCAAACACAUAUUUUGGAUGAUAAUGAUCAGAAAGUUUUGCUGUCUGUAGUACAUUAG